AUGAAAUUGGUUGAUAUUUUAUUCGUAUUGACUGCUGCAGCAACCGCCAAUGCAAUACUGAUCCCGACUGAUAACGAUGGUUUACCCCAAGCAUCAAGCACUUCCAGUCAAGUGUCCGUUUCAACCAGUGAACCUAAUCCAGGCACUUCCAAUGAAUACCAGGAAGAACCAGUGGAUUUAAGCCUUUCCAACCGGAUCCGACAACGGCCAAUGGAUCAACCCGGUCUAAAUACUCUCACUCAAAGUCAACGACCAACUGUGAUUGUAGCUGGUCCAAAUAUUCUCAAACAAGGCCGAAAACGCAUAAUGGAUGUGAUUGAUUUAACCACAUCCGACCAAGACCAACAACAACCAACAGAUGUAGCUGGUCCAAGUACUUCCAAACAAAGUCGGAAACGGCCAAUCAAUGAAAUCAGUCCAAGCAUUUCUAGCCAAGCGUCUGGCUCAACUAAUGAACCCGGUCCAAGUGCUCCAAAACAAAGUCGGAAACAACCGAUUGAUCAACCCAUUCCAAGCACUUCCAGUCAAGACCAACAACAACCAAUUGGACAAGGCGAGUCUGCUAAUACUGUUACAAAUCAAAUAGCUGGAUUAAGCCAAAAAUUUCAGAGAACCUUUAAUCGUAUAAAGCAAGGGCUUGUAGAGUCGAAAGAAUUACGAAAGAAAAAACUCAAAGAAUAUUGUGAUUAUGAAGUCCUUAGAUUCGAACAAUGGUCAGCGCUAGAAAGGGGAGAAGAAAUAUCAGGAUCAGAGUACAAUCCAGACACUGAAAAGCGAUUGAAACAAGAGUAUAGAGAUGCAGGAGCAAGAGUGUGGGAGUUAAGGCAUCAAUUGAAAAAGUUUAUGAAAAGGCGUGGUUUGAGAUUCGAAGAACCGGACUCGGAUUGA